AUGAAGUAUGUGGGGAAUACUGCUCACAGACCUAUUAUAAAGGUGUCAAAUAUCAUAAAUCCUGUUUCAAGCCGCUUGCUCUCUGUUAUGAAUCAGGAUUCCGCCGCGGAUGACGCGAGCACCUCAUCUGGCCCGUCUGCAGAUGCUGUACUGGAUAAAACUAUGAAAAUUCUUGAAGAUCUUGUACUUGACUGGGAAAGCAAGAAAACUGGAGAGUCAAACUCGCAUGGAAAGCGAUACACGAGUAGGAAGGAGGUUACGGCGAAUCCUAAGCAACAUCAUCAACCAUUUUGGAAAAGAAAAAUGAAGUGGAUGCCAUAUGCGUUACCUAGGAGGAUACACAAAAAACUUGUCGUUGACGACUUGUACUCCAUCCUAUGCAAAAUUCACUUUUACGAUGAUGUCGAUGUAGAAGUGCUUCGUAUGUGCUUAUUAGAAGAAAGACGUGAUAUACCGAUAGCAUGCAGUGUACAAGCUGCGCGUCCACCCACCCCAGAUGGUGAAUUAGAUGAAUUGUCAGAAUAUUUCACUCAUUUUGUACGUGUAGAACUGAAGAUGUCUUCGCUAGCAGAGUCUAUCCCUCUGUCCUCAGUGUCUCCCGGUCGUUCGUGUAGUGAACACUGCUCAACAUUUUGA